AUGAUUGAGGCUCUCGUUAUCUCUCUCACAAGUCGCAGCACUGACAAAUGGCUCAUUCACAGCAUUCACCCUCAAAGCAAUCCACUCAACAUCCCCAUCGUCCAACUCUCGCUGUACAACAACGAAGACCCAGAGAUGCACUAUGAUCUGGGCGCUGCUCUUGCUUCACUUCGUGAAGAGGGGAUAGCCAUCGUUGGAGCACGGAUGGCUGUCCAUAAUCUACAGGAUGAUCCUUUUAACUGCGUUUCUAUGCACUGUCCUGAAAGCCCUGAGAGUAAAGCCUCAAUAUUCGAUGAGGCGCUGAAAGAACCAAGUACCUCGCACCCAUCAAAGCGCAAGGCGAAACUGGUGGCUUUGCUCAAACGUGAUGGUGCCCGAAAGGCACAUCCGACUUUCGAACAUAUCUUGCCUCUAUAUGUCGUUGCAGGAGCAGCAACCGAAGAUGAAGGAGAGAGAUUAUGGACGAUGCAUGAGGGGCCUCUGAGUUGGGCACAGUAUAGAUUCGGUGAUGCGGCAUGA